AAUAUAGAAAAUAAUGCAAAUGACACCAUUUGGCUAGAAACAAAUUUUGAAGAAAUUUGCUACUUUAAAAAGCCCAUAUUGUUUGUGAAUGUUCUGCGGAGGUUUGAUGAGGGGAAAUUGCUUUGCAAAGCUCUAGGCAAUGGGCAACUUAUUGAUUUUGAAAAUAUGAUGAAUUUUCAGAGAAAAUCAAAAAGGUAUAAAGAUUACACCGGCCUCUCAAAGUUUUGGAUUCCAUACUCUGAUGAAGAAAAUGAAGGAAGUUUUGUGAAUAUAUACAACAGCUCUAAUCCAUUGUCUCUGAAAUGGAGCUCUUCCCCAGAAUGGGGACAAAGUGACCCUGAACCAAACGGAUUAAGAAGACAGAACUGUGUUACUGCAGAAUAUCAAACAACCAUAGAAGAAUUUGCUGUUUUUGACAGGGAAUGUAAUUUAGAGGAAUAUGGGACUAUUUGUCAAAAUGAGGAGUUUCCUACACUAAUAUUAAGAGGUCUUUGUUCAAAUUCGGGCAUAACCACCAAUUUCUUGCCACUUUUUACGAAGCGAUCUGGUCUGAUUUUCCGAAAGUCAAUGGGACCAGGACCACCAACCGAUAUUUAUUAUGAAAUGUCAACAAAAGAAUGGGUUAUCAGAGUUCUAGGAAAAUCUACACUGGCCAGGAUGAAAGGGGAGUAUGAUGAGUUACCAUUAGGCACUAAUAUAUGGUCGAUAGAGAAUGAUAUUGAAAAAUGCAACAAUAAUAAUAUUUCCCUGAGCCUAGUGUCAUGUAUGAAUACACAAUUUAACUGUUACAGUGGACAAUGUAUUUCUAUGGAAUUAAGGUGCAAUGGUAAAUCUGACUGCCAAGAUGAAAGUGAUGAACAAGGAUGUAAAACUAUUAUUUGGGGAGAAGGACAAUAUCAGAAAGGAAUUGUCCCAAGUCCAGAUGAUCCAAGCUUGAGAGCCAAAGUGCUGCUAUCUUUUGCAAUAGAGCGAUUGUAUGAGAUUGAUGAUUCUGGAAAUAACUUCAAAGCUAAAUAUGAGAUGUCAUUAGAAUGGUUGGAUCCAAGGAAGAGUCACAUUAAAUAA